AAGAACGUCGUUUAAAUGUCAGUUGAUGCGCGCCGUGAAGAUAAGAGAGAGCGGUGACCAGAAACGUAACAUGUCUUUGCCGAUACUGGGGGAUGAUUGUGGACAGUGACUCAAUCUUCUUCGACGAUCAUAGUUACGUGAAAAAACGGACCCACAAUGUCGAAACCCAAACUAACGACUCUUUAUCUCAUACCUCGAGUUCUACCUCAAGCACUUCGGUAACAGAACACCCUAACAAGUCGGAGUCUCAGUUGGAGAGUAGUCAAAACGAUGAGAAACCAAUAAAACCAGACCCCAAAGUUAAACCCCGAAGUCGAAAACGAAAUUACAAAACCCACCACCAAAGUACCCAGUAUUCUUCAAGUCUUCAAACGCAUCCUCUUCUUUAUAAAACGACAUCGACCGAAAAUACCAAAGAUACCACCAGGCAAGAGGUCUACAAGGUUAAGGAACUCGGAAAUCUUGAAACUGGCGACCCCAUGGUUUGUUCGCUGUAUAUUACUUCAUUCAAUGCUCUGGAAGACCAGAUUCUUAUGGACGUGGAAAUAGACCCAUUUGCUCAAGCGAUAAAGGAAGUGAUAAGCGGGAAGGUGAGGAUAAGAAAAACCCCUUGUGGCCUGAUCGUGGCUCUAACAAGGGAGGAAGAUGCCUCCAACAUUAUGUCACUUCCUCUCCAAAAGAUCUUCAACGGACCCAUACAGGUGGCGCGGUUCCAGACAGGAGAAGCAAAGUUUAGACCUGCCGCCAUCAUCAGAGACAUCCCCUGGUGCAUUUCGAACAUUGAGAUAGGGGAAGCUCUGAGACUGCAAGGAAUAAAGGCCGGAACAGUUGUCAGGACGAAGAAUUACGUGAAGGUGGAGGUCCAAAAUGCAUUAGACCUUCACCGCCUCGUAGAGGAGGGUUUGAAUUUUUUCGAUCAUGCGAUAUUCCCGGCAUCAGCAGAAACUGCUGCACAUGCAGAUCCUGAUAUCGUGCAGUGCUACAGGUGCCAAGGAUUUUGGCAUACGUCUACCCAUUGCAAUCAGAUACCAAGGUGUGUUAGAUGUGGUGGUAACCAUGACAUAGAUUACUGUCCACGACCAAGAAACAACCCCAUUUGUUGCCAUUGUGGCGGUCCACAUCAUGCAGCAUACAAAUUGUGCCCCGUAAGACUGAGAUUAAUGCAUUCGAGUGAGGUGACGUUCACGCUUUCGAAGAGGGCUAGCAAGUCUAAAUUUGGGACAGUAAAUUCGUAGUUUUUUUGGUCAUAUGGGCAAGGAUAUCGUAAUGAAAAAUGUGCAUACAUUAUGUAUGUGUUUAUUAUUAAAAAUCGUAUUUCUCGAUUGCAUUGCAAAUUUCUUGUAUAAACAAAUGAAUUUGUUUAGUUUUUUAUGGGAUUUGACGAAAUCGUUAAAAUGAAGUGAUUUUGUGGACAUAAAUAAACGGUUUGUCUUA